UUUGUCUACUCCUACCAACGUUAAUCCGUCAGUGGUAGAAGCCCCCGACAGUUGGCCGGUUUCCUUGGUUUUCAUGCCCAUCUCCAACGUCCACCUUCGUAAACUCCGCUAACCUAAACACCCCCUGCGCAUUAUAUCGUCAACCCUUCACACACGCUGACGCAGUCUUUAUAUAUGCACUCUCUUCGACUUCACCAUCAUCCUCUCAUCUUGCGCACACCCUCUUCUUCUUCCUCGUCCUCUUCACGCCUCGCUGCUCUUUCGCUCUCCACCAUGGCUACUUCUUCUUCCUCCCUAACUCUCCCUUCCAUUUCUCUCCAGAAGCUUCCUUCUUUCAAUGCCUCCCAUUCAUUCAAGAGCUCCAAUUCCUCUUUUUGGUUCAGGAAUGUGACUCUUCGGAGUGCUAGAGAUCGAAAUCUUGACCGAUCUAGGGUUUUAAUGAGUGCUUCGGUUGGAUACCAGGCCAUUGUCGACGAUGCCUUGUUCUCGGAUUAUAAGCCCAGCUCUGCUUUCCUGUUUCCUGGUCAGGGUGCCCAAGCAGUUGGUAUGGGAAAGGAAGCACAGAAUGUGCCUGCUGCUGCAGACUUGUACAAGAAAGCAAAUGAUCUAUUAGGGUUUGACCUUCUGGAUAUUUGCGUCAAUGGACCAAAAGAGAAGCUAGAUUCAACUGUUAUUAGCCAGCCAGCUAUCUAUGUCACGAGUCUAGCUGCUGUAGAGUUACUUCGUGCCCGUGAUGGAGGUCAGCAGAUAAUUGAUUCUGUUGAUGUCACAUGUGGUCUUAGCCUGGGAGAAUAUACAGCUCUGGCAUUUGCUGGGGCUUUUAGCUUUGAGGAUGGACUCAAGCUGGUCAAAUUAAGGGGAGAAGCUAUGCAGGAAGCUGCGAAUGCUGCUAAAAGUGCCAUGGUCAGUGUAAUAGGACUGGAUUCAGAAAAGGUUCAGCAGUUGUGUGAUGCGGCCAAUCAAGAAGUUGACGAAGCUAAUAAAGUUCAGAUUGCAAAUUACCUAUGUCCUGGAAAUUAUGCUGUAUCUGGAGGUGUGAAAGGAGUGGAAGCAGUAGAAGCCAAAGCAAAAUCAUUCAAGGCUCGAAUGACGGUGCGCCUAGCUGUUGCUGGUGCUUUCCACACCUGUUUUAUGGAACCAGCUGUCUCAAGAUUGGAAGCUGCAUUAGCAGCUACUGAGAUCAGAACUCCAAAAAUACCUGUUAUCUCCAAUGUUGAUGCACAGCCACAUGCGGAUCCUGACACAAUUAAGAAGAUACUGGCACGUCAGGUGACUUCACCUGUUCAAUGGGAAACAACAGUGAAGACUCUCCUGACCAAGGGGUUGAAGAAGAGUUAUGAAUUGGGACCUGGAAAGGUUAUUGCCGGCAUUUUGAAAAGAAUGGACAGGAGUGCUGACAUUGAGAAUAUCGGUGCUUGAGAAGGUCAUUGGAAGUUGCUCCUUCAGCAGCAUCUUGCGGUGGUCCUAUUCGUAGCAUUUUGGAGUUCGAGAAGAUGCUCCUUAUUUAAGAAUUAGCCAGAUAAUACAUUAGGUUGGAUUUUUUUGGGUAGUAUAGACCGGUAUGAGAUUUUUCUUUGGCUCCAUACCGUAGCAGUUUGAGAGUUCACUUUCAUCGAUGUUCAUGACUGA